AUGGACGCGUCUUCGGCUGUGCCGAUGGACGAUUCCGGCUUUGCAGGCUCGACGGUUGCGGAGCAGUUGCAGACGCUGAGGGUCGCCUGCGAGGGAAGCUCCGAUGCAACGGCGGCGGCCCCCCGGGGCCCCGCUUUGAAGGAGGGCGACGAGCAAGUCCCGCUUUCCCCGGAGCGCCUCUGUGGAAAAGCCCCGGCAAAGCCCUCGGGGCUUCCACGGGAGCCAGAGCCUCCUUGGGUCGGCCUGAAGGGAAGCCCUGCUGCUGAAGAGAAGCCGGCAGCUCUUGGGGACGGCAACGGCAACGGCCGGACCUCUCCCGGGAUGAGUGGUGAGCAGGCUUGCCCGCCAGUCGAAGCCCCGCAGGCUGUGGCGGCAGCAUCGGAAAAGGAAGACGACCGCCCACCGUCCGAGGAAGUGAAGGUGGACCCUCAGUCCUCCUCCUCUGCUUUCCAGGGUGGCCACAGCGAACAGAACGGAGGACUCAGUCGCCAAACGGCGGCGGUCGGGGUCGAAGAUGCGCUCUCGAAAGAGAAUCCGGCGGCGCUACGGCGUGAGAAGGGAGCAGGGUCAACGAAGGGUGGUGGUACCUUGGAAUCGGACAGUGAUACUGAUGCAGACAGUUCAUCUUCUCUUUCCUCUCCUCCAUUGUUGUCUGAUGGUGAUGAUCAACAAGAUAAAAAUGAAAAUAAUUCUUCUGCUACUAAAAAAAGCGAAUUGACUAAACAGGAGCCACUUUCUGUUGAAGACGUAAUGAUAAUUCUUCCUGAAUCUGUUAAACUGAUGCCUUUUGGGAAAGUUUCCAGCAUCAUUGAACAUCUAGUAAUAAUUGAGUCAGAGAAGGGACUUCCUCCAGUGAAUGAAAAUACAGUACUUUUCAAGGAAGAUCGUCAUUCAUUAGGAAAGAUCUUUGAGAUAUUUGGCCCAGUGUCACAUCCCUUUUAUGUAGUACAGUUUAAUAGUCCUGAGCACAUUCAGUCUAAAGAUAUUAAAAUAAAAGAUGCAGUAUGUUUUGCUCCGGCUGUGGAAAGCUUCACUCAGUAUAUAUUUCCAGAAAAAUUGAAACAAGAAAAGGGAUCAGAUGCAUCUUGGAAGAAUGAUGAAGAGCCACCUCUUGAGGCUUUAGAUUUCAGUGAUGAUGAAAAAGAAAAAGCAGCAAAAUUACACAAGAAAUCUCAGAAUAUAAAAAGAAAGAAGCUCAGAUCACAGCAAAAUGAUAGCAAGGAUAAUGGGCCAAAUUAUCAGUCCAGACGACAACCUCCUUCAGAAUAUUCAGGUGGAUAUUGUAGAGGACAACCUACAACCAGGUUUUCGUGGGGCAGAUCUCCUCCUGUAACUCCUUUUCCACGUCCCUAUAGACAGCACAAUAUAACUCCACCGUAUUACUCCUCUGACUAUGCACACUUGCAGAAAGCACCUACUUUUUGUCAGCAACAGAGGCUGGAAAGUAUGAGAAGACAUCAGUAUUCCUUCCCACCUCCAUCUUUUGAAACUGUUGGUAAUAAUACAAAUUUUCCACCCCCACCCCCACCAGUAGAUUGGGGGUGGCCUCCUACAUGUCCUCAGAACACCUAUGAGCCUUUAUUGUCUAUGUUGUCUUUACCCCCACCACCCCCACCUCCACUGCCCCCACCAUCUACAGCGCCUAACAUUCGCAAUUCUCCUUAGGACAGAAUAUAUUUUCAGACAACCUAUAAAAUUAAACAUUCUACCUCAAUGGUAG